AUGCAGACCGUCGAAGGAGACGACAGUUCCAUAAAGAGCAAGGAGAACAAUAUGGAAAUACCAGACGAGGAGAAGCACACACCAAAAGAUACUCACAAUGUGGACAGUCUUGUUGUUUGGGAUGGGCCAAACGACUCUCACAAUCCGCAGAACUGGAGGCUGGCCAAAAAGCUCUACGUGACCCUCGUCGUCGCCUCGUGCACAUUCGUCGUCACGUUUGGCAGCAGCGUUCUAUCAUCCGCAACUGUGAUUCUCUCCCAAGAUUAUGGUGUCAGUCCGACCGUGAUCGGUCUCACGAUAGCACUUUAUGUUCUGGGCUUCGCAGCCGGGCCGUUAGCAUGGGCACCUCUGAGUGAGGUCAUUGGACGGAUUCGACCAUUCUUGAUAGGAUUCGUCGGUUUCAUGUGCUUCACCAUCGGCGUUGCUACGGCUCAGAACCUCUACACAAUAAUGAUUUGUCGAUUCAUGCAGGGCGCUUGGGGAGUCGCUACGGUAACGGUUGUUCCGGGGAUGCUAGUUGAUAUGUGGAGCGCAGGCCCAAGAACUGUUGCGAUGAUGUCUUGGGCUGUCACGAUCAUUCUGGGCCCGGGAAUCGCCCCAGUGAUAGGCAGCUUUACUGUCAAGAACGACAGCCUCGGUUGGAGGUGGACCAUGUGGCUCACGUUGAUCAUAUCUUCUCCAUUCCUGGUUCUAUCUCUCUUCAUUCCGGAGUCUUGGGGUCCAUUGCUACUCAAGCGCAAGGCUGCAAAAGUACGCUAUGAAACCAACAACUGGUCACUACAUGCCAAGUUGGACGAAAGCCCUGUGGAAAUCCAACAUCUCAUCCGAACCUAUGGCGUGAAGCCAAUGCAAAUGUUGUUCCAGGAGCCCAUCCUCGCGGCCGUGACCGCAUACAACGCCUUCAUCUAUGCCGUCAUGUACCUCACCUUCGAAGCCUACCCGUACGCCUUUGGCACAGUCCGUGGCUGGGAGAGCGGUGUAUCUUCGCUCCCCUUCUUGUCUCUGGCUGUGGGCUUCGACCUGGGCUUCGCAGCAUUCUACACGAUCGGACGUCUCACCAGCAACCGGGCCAAAGCACAAGGCCGGCCGCGCGAGCCUGAAGACCAGCUUCCCCCCAUGAUCAUCGGCAGCUUUCUCUUCAUAAUUGGCCUCUUCUGGUUCGCAUGGACAUCAUUUCCCAGCAUAACUUGGGUGCCCCAGGUCUUGGCAGGGGGGUUUAUCGGGGCGGGUAUCUUCCUGCUAUUCACAGCCUGUCAGACAUAUCUCCUGGAAUGUUACCUGGCGAACGCGAAUAGUGCUUUGGCUGCCAAUACCAUUGCGAGGAGCGCUCUCGCUGCCGGCUUUCCCUUGUUCGCGACUCAGAUGUACACAAACCUCGGUGUGCCGUGGGCAACAAGUCUGUUAGGCUUUUUGGCUAUCGCGUUGACGCCGUUUCCCAUCCUCUUCUACCUGUACGGGAAGAAAAUCAGGAGUUGGAGCAAGUUUGCGUACUGA